UUUCUGACGCGUCAUAAGCCUUCCAACUAUAGGAUAUCAUAGCAGUGCUUGGCUUAAUCCAUUCUUUUAUAACAAUAAUUAUGGUUUUAGUAUCUAUGUUUUCAACAGGCAUCAAAAGUAUCUUUAUACUUUUUCCUUUACUUCUACCUGAUUCUAUUCAACUUUUGACAUCAGAAAUCUUUGUUCAUGAUAAGAUUUCUACAUCCUGUAACAGUCAGUCUACAUAUCCACUUCAUUCGCAUUGCAUUGCCACAUUAUGGACAAUUAAUUUCUUUUUUUAAACAUAUUAUCCUGCAGGAAUUUGAAAAAUAGAAUUCAAAUAAUGUGGACUGAAUAUACCGACAGUCAUUUGUUUCUGUUCAUAAAUGUAUCAAAAACAUAUUUAACCAUACUAUUUUUUCGAAACUUCACAGUAAAUGAAUUUCCGCAAAAAAAGACAAACACCUCAAUAAUGUAUUCAAAAAGACGAAUUUAACGAUGUAUAACAUGUCAAAAUCGGUGGGGAAUAGCUUUGAAUUAUUAAACUGUGAUGAUCAUGUGAGUAUUUUAAAGAAGAAUAAUCGUGAUUCUGGCUCAUGUAGGCCAGAUAUUGCUCAUCAAUGCUUAUUAAUGUUGAUGGAUAGCCCAUUAAAUAGAGCUGGGCUAUUACAAGUUUAUAUUCAUACAGAAAAGAAUGUGUUGAUAGAAGUAAAUCCCCAAACAAGGAUACCAAGAACAUUUAAGCGUUUUGCUGGACUUAUGGUGCAAUUAUUGCAUAAAUUUAGUGUUCGUGCAUCUGAUGGACCAAUGAAACUAUUAAAAGUAAUUAAAAAUCCAGUCACAGAUCAUUUACCAGUUGGCUGUCGUAAAAUUGUAAUGUCAUUUAGUGCCAAUAAAGUACAAAAUCCAAGAGAAUUGGUACCAGCAGAUGAACCAAUUGCCAUUGUAGUGGGUGCAAUGGCUCAUGGUCAAGUAAACCCAGAUUACUCAGAGGAUACUAUAUCUAUUAGUAAUUAUCCUCUAUCUGGAGCUUUAACGUGCAGUAAGUUGUGUACUGCAUUUGAAGAAGUUUGGGGAAUAAUUUGAAUGAUAACUGUAAUAUGACAACAUAAAGUUUUUACUUGUAAUUCAA